CCGUUUUUGAGUGUUUCGUGUAAGAUGAGCUCGUACGUAGCUAACAACAUUUUUAAGGAGCAAACGCACGAGGCAUCCUCCUUUAACACCAUGAAUAGUUUUGGCAGGUAUGGCUCUCUCUCUUCCCUCCAUCAAGACAAUUAUGCCUAUAACGGAGGUCUUCAUUUGAACGGAACAUUCACCUCGUCUGAUUCCACUGCGAACUCUCUGAAACGAGAAGAGAUGGAAACUAGCCUGCGAGGCAACACGGACGCUCAACCUCCACCACGACUACAGUCUUGCUCAGCUGCGAGCUCCCGGAACUCCGUGCAAAACUGCCUUCGUGAUGGGAUACUGAGCAAAGGGACUGGAAGGCCAAUGGAAGUGGUCGAAAACCCUGCGACUGAAGAAAACGCAAUCAAAGUCGAAACUAUGCAGCCUGUGAAAUGUCAAAACCAUUCGAAGAAACACCAAGACAGUCAACAGCAGCCGCGGAUUUUCCCCUGGAUGACAAAACUACACAUGAGCCACGAAUCAUCUGACGGUAAACGCUCUCGAACCAGUUACACCCGCUACCAGACUCUGGAGUUGGAGAAAGACUUCCAUUUCAACCACUACCUCACACGUCGCAGGCGCAUUGAGCUCGCCAAUUCCCUCUGUCUGAACGAGAGGCAAAUCAAAAUUUGGUUCCAGAAUCGACGUAUGAAGUGGAAGAAGGAUUCGAAACUGAAAUCAAAGGACUCAAUAUAAAUGGAGUUGAUGACUGAUCUGG